AGCUGGCACGCCAUUAGAGGAGUCGCGAGUGGAGCUCAGUCACGUCUGUCCACAAAGCGCCUGCGCUUGACCUCUACGUUAUAUUUACUUUGGCAACGUACAAAGUGGUGAGGACAGACCUAGCCCGGAGGGUCCCUAAUACGUUGUCGUCUUCUUAUCCCCGGCCCUCUGCGUUAGAGAGGGCUGCCCCGAAUGGGCUUCGAACGCUGACUCGCCCUUUUCCAGUCGGCUCUUGAGCCCACUAGUCCGGGCUACAGCAUUUUCCUAACCGAGGUUUAGAGGUCUUUCAUUUCUUGUUCGCUUACUUUCGUGAAAUCCUCACAUCGUUUUAAUGAUACUAGUCAAGACAAGAAAAUCAACAGGCUUUCAGCCUUGAGGCAACAUUGGAUAUUAUUGAGACAUCUGUGGAAUUUAAGAACAGUAUGGAGCUCAUCAGAGUAUAUCAUUGAAGAAUAUGAUGGCUGAAAACAAUUUAAAAAUGCUAAAGAUUCAACAGUGUGUGGUAGCCAACAAACUACCUAGAAACAGGCCAUAUGUUUGCAAUAUUUGCUUUAAGCACUUUGAAACACCAUCAAAAUUAGCUAGGCACUAUCUCAUUCAUACUGGUCAAAAGCCAUUUGAAUGUGAUGUGUGUCAUAAAACCUUUAGACAACUAGUUCAUCUGGAGAGGCAUCAACUAACUCAUAGUCUGCCUUUUAAAUGUAGUAUUUGUCAGCGCCACUUUAAAAAUCUGAAGACAUUUGUGAAGCACCAACAACUUCACAAUGAAACCUAUCAGAAUAAUGUUAAACAGGUCAGAAGAUUGCUGGAGGCCAAGAAAGAAAAGUCAAUGUAUGGAGUGUAUAAUACUUUUACCACAGAGGAAAGAUGGGCAUUACACCCGUGCUGUAAGUCCGAUCCCAUGUAUAGCAUGAAAAGAAGAAAGAAUAUUCAUGCAUGUACAAUCUGUGGCAAGAUGUUUCCAUCACAGUCAAAACUUGAUAGGCAUGUACUUACUCAUACUGGUCAGAGGCCUUUUAAAUGUGUCUUGUGUACUAAAUCUUUUCGACAGUCAACUCACUUAAAAAUCCACCAACUUACACAUUCAGAAGAAAGACCUUUUCAAUGUUGUUUUUGUCAAAAAGGAUUUAAGAUUCAAAGCAAACUUCUGAAGCAUAAACAAAUCCAUACUAGGAAUAAGGCUUUUCGGGCUCUUUUAUUAAAGAAGAGGCGUACAGAAUCUCGCCCCCUGCCUAAUAAGUUAAAUGCAAAUCAGGGUGGUUUUGAAAACGGUGAGAUUGGUGAAUCUGAGGAGAAUAAUCCACUCGAUGUCCACUCAAUUUAUAUUGUCCCUUUUCAGUGUCCAAAGUGUGAAAAGUGUUUUGAAUCAGAGCAGAUUCUCAAUGAACACAGCUGUUUUCCUGCUAGAGGUGGCAAAAUUCCAAGCAGGUUCAAAAGAAGUUACAACUAUAAAACCAUUGUUAAAAAAAUCUUGGCCAAGCUUAAACGUGCUAGGAGUAAAAAAUUAGAUAACUUUCAAUCUGAGAAAAAAGUAUUUAAAAAGAGUUUCUUGAGAAAUUGUGAUCUUAUUUCUGGUGAGCAAAGCUCCGAACAAACCCAGAGAACAUUUGUGGGUUCUCUUGGCAAACAUGGAACAUAUAAAACAAUUGGCAAUAGAAAGAAGAAAACAUUGACUUUGCCAUUUUCUUGGCAAACUAUGGGAAAAAAUUUGAAAGGCAUCCUUACGACAGAAAACAUAUUAAGCAUUGAUAAUUCAGUGAAUAAGAAAGACUUGUCAAUCUGUGGUUCAUCAGGUGAGGAAUUCUUUAAUAACUGUGAGGUACUUCAGUGUGGUUUUUCAGUUCCAAGGGAAAACAUACGUACUAGACAUAAGAUAUGUCCUUGUGACAAAUGUGAGAAGGUAUUUCCUUCUAUAUCCAAACUAAAAAGACACUAUUUAAUUCAUACUGGACAGAGGCCCUUUGGCUGUAAUAUUUGUGGGAAAUCUUUUAGACAGUCAGCUCACUUAAAAAGACAUGAACAGACUCAUAAUGAAAAGAGUCCUUAUGCAUCUCUUUGCCAAGUAGAAUUUGGAAACUUCAACAAUCUUUCUAAUCAUCCAGGUAAUAGUGUUAACUAUAAUGCUUCCCAACAAUGUCAGGCUCCUGGUCAAAACUACGAGGUCUCAGAGUCAGAUCAAAUGUCAGGAGUUAAGGCAGAGUCACAGGAUUUUAUUCCUGGUAGCACCGGGCAACCUUGUCUUCCUAAUGUACUUUUGGAAUCAGAGCAAAGCAAUCCUUUUUGCAGUUAUUCAGAGCAUCAGGAGAAAAAUGAUGUCUUCCUGUACCGCUGCAGUGUUUGUGCUAAAAGUUUCCGAUCUCCAUCUAAACUGGAAAGACACUACCUAAUUCAUGCAGGGCAGAAACCAUUUGAAUGCUCAGUUUGUGGCAAAACAUUCAGACAGGCUCCUCACUGGAAGAGACAUCAACUUACUCACUUUAAAGAACGACCACGAGGGAAAGUGGUUGCCUUAGAUUCGGUUAUGUAAAUUGUCGCAACCACUAACAACUGUGGUCUCUGGUGAUCUUAUUUUUAAAGCCUGUAUUAUUUAAAUUGCAUUUUUAUUGAAAGGCCUGCAUUAAAUUGAAUGGUUUCACAGGCAUAUGCUUGUCCUGCAUAGUAAGGAGGCAGAAUACACAGAAAAUUAAUACAAUGUUUUAGAAACAGCCAAAUUAAUUUUUAGAGGCAAGAACAUGAUUUGAUGCUAUAAAGUAGGCAUUUUAAUAUUGUAAACAUAUGCUUUGGCUGUAUUGAAAAAUAUAAAUCCAUGAUGGCUGUACAAAUAAUUUAGCCUCAUUCAUUUUUUAAAGGAAUUAUUCCUUAAGACAUGCCAUCUCUUUUUAGAUAUACUGAAAAGAUUGAGAGGCAAAACUUGGUUUUUAGCUGCAGCACGUAGCCCUGUUAUAUUUGAUUUAUUUUACAUUUCAUAUGAAAGCAUAAUUUUGUCCACACGUGGCUCAAAUUGCAUUGGUAAUUUUUUUUUUUUGUAAAUUUAAAAAACUACAGAGGCACUAGAGGUGAAAAUGGAUGAGAAAAUUAUAGUAUUAUUUUCAUUGGUCUUUUUUUUUUUGAGACGGAGUCUCACUCUUUCACCAGGCUAGAGUGCAGUGGCGCCAACUAGGCUCACUGCAACCUCUGCGUCCCGGAUUCCAGCAAUUCUCCUGCCUCAGCCUCAAGUAGCUGGGAUUACAGGUGCCUGCCAUCAUGCCGGACUAAUUUUUGUAUUUUUAGUAGAGACGGGGUUUCACCAAGUUGGCCAGGAUGGUCUCGAUCUCUUGACCUCGUGAUUCGCCCGCCUAGGCCUCCCAAAGUGCUGGGAUUACAGGCGUGAGCCACCACACCCAACGGUCUUUUCAAAGCUAUCUAUUUUUAGGACUGUGAUAAUUUCACCUUCAGGUGAUAAGGAUUUUAUUUUUUUUCUCCCAGCUAGUGCUAUCUUUCUCAAAAUAAUUUAAAAGUAGGCAAGAGGCUAGGAUGUACCUGUAUUUACCAUGUUUACUUACCAGGAAUAUUUUCUUUUUUUUUUUUUUGAGACGGGAGUCUCGCUCUGUCGCCCAGGCUGGAGGGCAGUGGCGCAAUCUUGGCCACUGCAAGCUCCGCCUCCCGGGUUCACGCCAUUCUCCUGCCUCAGCCUCUCCGAGUAGCUGGGACUACAGGCGCCCGCCACCACACCUGGCUAAUUUUUUGUAUUUUUAGUAGAGACGGGGUUUCACUGUGGUCUCGAUCUCCUGACCUCGUGAUUCGCCCGCCUCAGCCACCCAAAGUGCUGGGAUUACAAGCGUGAGCCACCGCGCCCGGCUCUCCAGGAAUAUUUUCUAAGUGCCAUAGUUUUUUUCAUAAUAUGUAUGAGUUUUAUCUUUUCAUAGGAAUAAUUUCAAGUCGUUUAUUUGCUCAUUAAUGAUAGCAGUAGUCAUAGACUUAAGACUAUUCUAGAGAUCUUCAUCUCCGUAAGACUUUUACAUUUAUUUUAGUAAACUUUUCUUUUUAUGCCUCUUUAAUGGAGUGGUUCUGUUAUUUAAGCCUGUUCUUUUUUUUUUUUUUUUUUUUUUUUUGAGAUGGAGUCUUGCUCUGUCACCCAGGCUGGAGUGCAGUGGCGCGAUCUCGGCUCACUGCAAGCUCCGCCUCCCGGGUUCACGCCAUUCUCCUGCCUCAGCCUCCGGAGUAGCUGGGACUACAGGCGCCCGCCACCACGCCCGGCUAAUUUUUUGUAUUUUUAAUAGAGACGGGGUUUCACCGUGGUCUCGGUCUCCUGGCCUCGUGAUCCGCCCGCCUCGGCCUCCCAACGUGCUGGGAUUACAAGCUUGAGCCACCGCGCCCGGCUUAUUUAAGCCUGUUCUAAGUUUGAUCAAAUGGCAAUGACUAGGUCUAGUUUUAGUUUUUAUUUUUGCAAGAGUCUAUUGCUAAAGAAUUUUAUUUUGAUCCUUGUUAAAUUUUUAUUUUAAUUAGUAAGGUAGUCAUUCCUGUAGAGGGAUAAGAUGCUUGUAGAGUUGUGGGUAUCAUUCCAAAUAGAACUGUUAUGAUUUGGGAAGUAUUCUUUACUACAAAGGACUUAUUUCAUAAUGACAAAUUGUCUUUCACAUUUGCCUUUGUUUAUAAAAUCUUCAGGAAUGACAUUCUCUAGCAAUAAAAGGAAUGAACCGUUAUGUUUCUAAGCUGAAAAGAGGAACAGGUGGGUAAUUAUCCUACCAUACUUAAAUAUAGUGGAAAAUCCUCUAUUGAGAAUGUGGAUAAAUGAACAAUUGUAAGUUUUGCAUCAUAAUCUGAGAACUUUCUUUUGACGGGGGAGGCGGGAGGGAUAAUAGGUGGGGGUGAUCUGCUUGCUGCUUUUACCACAGGUGAUUUUUAAGUAACUUGGAUUUAAUUUACAGAGAUGAACAUGACAGUCUGAGUAAAAUACCCAAUGAUGUAGAAGUGUGCCUGUUUAUUAUGUAGAUACAGACAUCCAGCAAAAACAGGAGAAUCACAUGCUUUAAAGAACACUUUCUCUUAGGUUUCCUUGAGAUAUGUUCCUCCAGUGCAAGCAAGAUAAUGGUUUACCGAAUUUGCUUUACACAAAACUUUUCAAGAACUCAUCUGUUACACAAAAGCAAGGAAUAACUAGUUUAUAUUUUCCAAUAAUUUUCAAGGUUUUCUCCUUAAUAUGUUUGAAAUUAUUGAUUUUGGCAUUUUUCUAAGCAAUUUAUGUAAUUUUAUUUGAAGAAAAUGUUUUAUAUAUUGUUUUUCCCAGCCUAAACAGGGAGAGUCCUAACAGUGUUGUGCUUGUGUGAUUAUGAGACUUUAUUUGCAUAAGUGAUACUACUAUACUUUAUUUUUGACCCAUGCCUUUUUAAGCUGUUUCAUAUUGAAAGUUGGAAUAUUGUAAAAAUUUUGUCAAAGAUGUACUGUAGUGCUAUUUGAAGUACCUGUAACAAAACACAGUUGGCCCUCUGUAUCCAUGUACUCUGCAUCUGUGGAUUAAACCAAUUGCAGAUCAAAAAUAUUAGAAAAAAUAAUAUAAAAAUAAUAAAAUAAAAAUACAGUAUAAUAGUUAUUUAAAUAGCAUUUACAUUGCAUUAGGUAUUAGUUUAGGGAUAAAGUAUACAGGAGGAUGUGCGUUGGUUAUAUACAAAUAUGUCAUUUUAUGUAAGGGACUUGAGUAUACUUGGAUUUUUGGUAUCUGUGGGUUGGGGGGACGGUCCAGGAACCAAUACCCCAUGGAUACCAAGGGACAACUAUACUUAUUUACCUUUAUUGUCAUUGCAAGCUUCUUAUGGAAACUUUAUAGGAAUGAAAAUAUACACGUUAAGAAGAUUAAACAUUAGAUAGUAGAUGGUUUGUUGCAUGCUAGAACUGUUAGUAUUGUUGAAUCAAUUACUUUGGUUUCAUGAAAAAAUAAACGAUAAAUAUCUUUAAAGAGAACUAGAAGAAUUCUUUGUUUGAGUGAUUCCAGGCUGUAGUAUGAUCAUUUACUGAAGUAGUUUGAUUGGCUGGCUAACUUAGAAUUAUCGUUUCUUGUUUUGUACUGCAAUAGGGGUUAUAAUUGUAAGAUAAAAAUGUGUGUGUGUUAAGGGAAGUAGGUGGUGGUUAAAAUUCUUGAAAAAUUUUCAGAAUACUUUAAAAAUAAAGUUUCAAGUUAUA